UCGGCUUUUCUCUCUUGAUUCCAGUUCUUGUCUUCUUCCAUUUCUCUGUUUCUACAAUAAUGCAUGCAUUUCACUGGUCUCCGGAUGUCAUUGGCACAGAAUAAUUUUUGUACGAAUGACACCGCACGUAAUAAAUUUUCCUCUCCGAUCCCCAACGCAAACGCAAGAGAGAAGAAUGCCGAAAUCGCUAUCAUGGCUUUCGCGCGUGGAUCGCCGAGCGCGAAUGGAACAAAAAAACGCACAGGCGCGCGCGCGCCACAGAGAGGGGAGUUGGAGGAGGUGUCGGCAUCGAAGCCAACCUUGGGGAAGCGCCAAGUAUUCUUCUCGUUCUCUCACAUGUUCCACCUGCAGGCCGUACAACCUAAUCUUUUCUAUUCGGCCCGAAACCCUCGGGUGGCCUCACGGUUCACACUUUGAAGGAUUCCAAGGAGGUUGGCAUGGACCGGUUUUUGCUCUAGCUAAGCCGAGAAGAGCGCUGUUGUUGAUAUAUAAUGGGUCGUCUGCUGAGCAUUUUCUUUUUGGUUGUUGGAACGAGAUUUUUUAGGUUAGAUGGUUGAAUCGAAGAUUUUCUUGAGUUUUGAUGACUUGAGCUAGGAGAGGUUGAAACUUACGGAAAUGGAUGAAGUGCGACCUAAGAUUAGAUGGAGUGUGGAGGAGGAAGCGGCAAUGGUAAUUCUGUUCGGAGAAGAAAUCAGAUGGUUGGGCUGUGAUAGAUUUGAAGGCUCGGAGGAGGAGCGCCGGAUAUGUAUGAAUGUUCUCUAUGAAGUGAAUACAAUAAAUUUCAGCAAUGCUGCAUCCAAAAUGGAGAAUUCUCAGUCUAAAGAAUGCAAUAUAAAUAAGCAACCUGGAGAUGCAAAUACUGAAAACUUGGUUCAUCCUAAUCCCCCUUCCUUGAAUGAUACAUUGGGUAAUAUUUCAGGGCAGGCUAAAGUGAAUAAUGGAGACGGUAACCAUGUUUUGCAGUCAAAGAGACUCCGUCUCGAGCCAAUGACAGCUUCGAAUAGUACAUAUGCAAAGCGUUUGAAGAUGUCAUCAUCCGAUCCUUUACAGAUGAAAGAGUUGGUCACUACUAUUACGAGGAGUGACAUUGACGUGCGUAAUUGCUGCGAACUUCAAAAUUCUAACAACUCAACGGCGCCAUGUUCUUUUACUGCGCAUCCUAAUCAACUCUACUCACAAAGCUGUGUUGUGGAGUCCAUCGGCCAUGGUCUCUUGUCUAGUUGCUCUUUCGAUAAUUUUCGAAUUUUGUUGAGUAGUUCUGAUGAUUUUGGUACAAUGCUUUCAAAGAAUGAAUGGACAAACCAAGAGGGUGGUAGAGAUGAAGUGCUUAUAGGAGCCACACCCAAAUCUUCUCCCUAUUCAAAAGAGAGCCGUGCUUGUGCUCUGUCAAAAUCUGACAUAUCCAUUGCUGUUCAAGAAGCAUUUAAAGCAUCAAAAUGUAUGGAUCAAAGUGCAAAAGAAAUUCCUUACCUAGACAGUGUUGAAGGCUCAGUGGGGUUGCCUUCUGGUGUCGAUUUUGCUGCUUCCACCCCUUCACUUGCAGUCCUGAGCGAAAGCGCUGCAGAAGAAAACCUACUACGAAAUUCCAUAGAGGAUCGCCAAACGCACAGCGGUUCUCAUCCGGUGAACAAAGAGUCUAAUGCUCCAGAUUUGGACGAUGUUGUGUUAGUGCAGGCUUCUGCAGUGAAGUCUGUAUCUCCAUGUUCCAACUUAUUAAUCCCGCAAACUCAACAAUCUACAGAACCUGAUAUUCCAGAAUCUAAUUUAAUUGGUGCAUUGGCUGAUGCUUCCACUGCUCGGGAUAGUCCUGCUCAACUCAGUUCACAAGAACUUCAGGGAAAGAGAGCUACAGAACCUAACACUCUUGACUUAUGCAUUGUUCGUGCAUCAUUGGAACCAUACCGCAGUAGGGAUCUCAACCUUCAGCUCCGCUCGCAGGCAUGCCAUCUUCUGAAGGAUGCUGGUUGGAUAGUUCAGAGCCGACAACGUAAGGGUAGAUAUAAAAAUGGCCAAUUUGAUUCCUACUAUACAUCACCUGAAGGUCAUAUGUUUAACUCCCUCUCCAAAGCUUGGGUAGCAUGUGGGUCCAGAUUACUUGCCAUUUCUCAAAAUGCUGGAGCAUAUGAUGAAGCAGAAAAAGUGUGGGUAGAUGUUGAUGAAUUUUGGGCUGACUUGGCAAAUAUUCUGGUAGAAGUUAAUGAGAAAAUUCAGGGCCUGGGAAAACUUGCUUCUCUUCUAAUGAAAUGGUGCAUUCUUGAUCCAUUCAUGGCUGUGGUGUGCAUUGAUAAGAAAGUCACUGCUUUGAAACAUGGAAUGGCAGUGAAAGCUGCAAGAAGUGAAGCAAUUGUUUUAAGUAACAACAACAGCUUGUUCUUGGCAUGGAAGGACGUGGAUGAACUUCAAGAUCACUCUACUCCUUACGACUUGACGCUUGCAGUUCAACCAGUUUUUCCUGAUAGCAGGUCAGAGCUGACUGGAUGUUCAAGCGGCCAAAAAGUUUCACCUUUGGAUGGUUUGCAAGGUCUGAAAAGAAAACGUAGGCACAUAAAAUUGGUGCAUAGAACAAGCCAUGAUGCACAUCACUGCAGCAAAAACCUUGAAAGCCCACCUAGGCAAUUAGCCGAGGUAUCUUUUAAUGCAAUGGACUUGCCUGGGCACAAUCUGUCAUCAGCCAAUGAUAUGCCAGUCCAAGGACCCAUGAUACUAGAUUGUUCUUCGAAGUCUGAUUGCUUGAAUCCAUCUGAAAAUUCCUCAAUUCAGGCAGAAGGGAUGUACUGCAGUCCGACUGAGAAGUCUAACAUAGAUAAUGAUUCUCUUAAUGAAUUAAGAAUUCAUCGUCCUGUUGUUUCUAAUGACAUCCCAUGCAGCUCUAUGAGCUCUGCAAAUCAGGACAAAUUGGGAUCUUUUAAUGUUUUUCGAGAUGGUAUAAGGAGGGUGUUAUCUUUUCAAGAAAAUGAUGAAAUUGGGGGUGAUUCUUAUUUCCAGCCUACAGAUGCUAGUUGUAAUACUCAUGAGAGAAAUGAGGAGCUUGUUGAAGUUAGACAACAAAGCAUGACUGAUUCUGGAAAUACUGGCAACAUAUUUGUGGUAAACCCGGCGGAUGAACAUCCCCCAGUAGGACAGAAAAUGCUUUUAUUCCACCCCAAACAGAAAGCUAUCUGCUUCAACCGGGAUGGUUACUGUAGAAAAGAAUUGAUAGGCUCAUUUGUUUCACCGUGUGAUCUAAAAGUUAAUGUGCAGCAGGAGAUACAGUCAUGUUUUUGUGAAUCAAGUAAUUUAGAUAUUGAUCACUUUUUUGGCUUAAGUAGCUCUUCACACAAAACGGAUUUUCCAUUCCAAGGGAGUAUCAUUGAUUUUGGUUCUCGAGAUGAUCAUUUGAUUGCGAAAUUAGCAAAGCAAGGCAUCUUAGAGCAGUCCGGUUGUCCCAAAGAUGGAAAUUGCAGGCAUUCAAGAUUGAAAAUUAGGAAAAUAGAUCCAGAAAAGCGGACCAUUAGUUUAAUAAAGCAGAGACCAAAAAGACCUACGAGAACUUCAGUAGCUGAGCUGACAAAACAUACUGUUAAGAAGUCUAAGAAUUAUAUAGGAAAUGAAGUCAUGAGGAAAGCCCACAGAAACUCCAAGAACUCUGAACUUGAUACCACAGAAGAAAAUGCAAUGGGCUUGAUGUCUAAAUUAUCAGAUACUAAUUGUAUUUACUCAUUCCCCUUUUCUAUAGAUUACUGCAAAAGUGAUCCCCCACAUCUUGACCACCAGGGUAUCAUUAAUUCAGGGGAGGAAUUAUUUUUAGAGGGGAAAAAGAAAUAUAUUUCUCAUGAAAAACAUAAUGAAGAGCCUUCCAAAAUGCCCAAAAAGGCCCAGGAUCACUGCAAUGAUUUUAGUGCACAAGUUCGUGCAUUUGAAGUUGUAGAGAAUGAAGCUCUAUCUCCUGACCCUCUCAACAGCAAAGAAGUGGAUGAAGUAGAGAAAGCUAAAUUGUGUAAAAAUAAUGGAAUGAAGGAAAAUAAUAGUUAUGCGACUGAGAACAAUUAUCAUUCAAUAUCAGAGGAUGGUGUAGUUUCUCUAGGGCCUCAACAUGAAAAGAGUUUUGAUGAAGCGCUGAUGUCUGAUCCUGGUAACUCCCAGGAAGCAGGUGUGGUAAAGAAAACUGGACUGUGUAAGAAAAGAGGAAGGAAGAAACAAAAUAGUGGCAAGAUUAAUGAUGAUAGCUCUCUUGGAGCAGGUCUGGUAAAGAAAACUGUUGUGUGCAAGAAAGGAGGAAGGAAGAGGCAGCAUAGCCACAAGAUUAAGGUUGAUAAUAUUUUGGAUUAUCCCAUAAUAAAAGCAAUGGAUGGCAAAUCUUGUUGCAAAACUUUGGCUACUAGAGGAAAAAAUUCUGAGUCACAAGCAUCCAGCGAACCAAGAAGUAUGAGAUCUUGUAGACUGACUAUAGAACGUGGUCGAAAAGCAGGGGAGAUUUCUGCUAAUGAAAAAAAAUCCGAAGGCUUAAGGACAGUGCUAUACUGGUUAAUUAAAAUGGGCGUCCUUUCUCCUAGUGACAUUAUGCAGUACCAGAGUCCAAGGAAUAGUGCAGUGGUUAAGGAUGGUCAGAUUACUAAAGCUGGAAUUCUCUGCAAAUGCUGCCAGAAUAUCCUUUCUGUAUCUGAUUUUAAAAGGCAUGCUGGAUUCAAGGUGCAGAAACCCUCUCUGAAUCUUUUUUUGAAGUCUGGAAAACCGUACAUAUCGUGCCAGCUUCAGGCUUGGUCUGCUGAGUACAAGCUGAGGAGAGAUGAUCUGCAAACUAGUGAAGUAGAGGGUGACAAGAAUGAUGAUGCCUGUAGAUUCUGUGCUGAUGGUGGUGAGUUAAUAUGCUGUGAUAGCUGCCCAUCUACUUACCAUCAAGAUUGUUUGUAUUUACAGGAGCUUCCAGAAGGCAGUUGGUACUGCCCUAAUUGUAGUUGUGCUGUUUGCGGUUCUGUCCUUAAUUUGCAAGGGGAUUCAGGUUCCAUUGCAACAAUAGAAUGCUCACAGUGCGAACAGAGAUAUCAUGAAACGUGCAUUAAAGAUAGGAUUAGAUGCGAUGCAGUCGGAUCUAAUAUGUGGUUUUGUGGACAAAAAUGUCUUCAGGUCUACACUGGAUUGCACUCACUUGUAGGAGUGACGAACUGCAUGAAUGAUGGAUUGUCUUGGACAAUUUUGAAAUGCAGUCAUGAUGAUAAAAAAGUUCACUCUGCACUGAAGACUGCUCUGAUGGCUGAGUGCAACAUAAAGUUAGCUAUUGCCUUGUCCAUUAUGGAGGAAAGCUUUCUUCCCAUGUCGGACCCCAGAACUGGCAAAAAUUUGCUUCCUCUAGUCAUAUACAACUGGGGGUCAAACAUGUCGCAAGUGAACUAUCAAGGAUUUUAUACUGUGGCCUUGGAGAGGGAUGAUGAACUCUUUUCUGUUGCUUCAAUCAGGGUGCAUGGAGCCACUUUGGCUGAGAUGCCUCUAAUAGCAACAUGCAUUGAGCAGCGUCUGAAGGGAAUGUGCCGGCGCCUUAUGCACGUGAUUGAAGAGAUGCUGAAAUCAUUGAAGGUUGAAAUGCUAGUUAUAUCGGCCAUGCCAGGCUUAGUAGAGACUUGGAUAUCAACUUUUGGAUUCCAACACAUUAAUGAUAUUGACAAGAAGAAACUAAGUGGUAUCAACCUGUUGAUAUUUCCUGGAGCAACGUUGUUGAAAAAGAACCUGUUUGAACGUGAAGGCAGUGAAUCAGGUGCAGACAAGAUUCAUAAAAAUGCUUACACCGAAGCUAGGACUUCUUUUAACGAUCCAGCUUUGGAUCUCCAAGUUUCUAAGUCCUUAUCCACAGAACAAACUCUUGCUAUUCAAGCACCAGUUCCUGGCACCGAUACAUCCGAACAUGCUUUUCCCAGCUGCUAUUCUGGUUUAAUCUCUCACACAACUUAUUUGAAGAAUAAUGGCACAGGCAACAAUUAUGCUGAAGAGACUGCGAAGAACAAUGAAGGAAUGCAUGAAACUACUAUAGAAGUCGCAACUGGCAACAAUUUGAUUUGUAGUUUGAAAGAGAAGGAUCCUUAUUUAGAAGCUCUAAACUUUUAUAAGUCCAGUCUUGCUUCCAUUUGAUCCUGGCUGUCAGUACUAUCUCAGCAAGAAGCAAUUUUGGUUGAUUUUAAUCAGAUUUCUUCUGCAGCUUCUUGAAAGAGCUUAUAAGAAUAGGAAUAGGAGGAACUUUCCUAUUCUGGCAUGAUUAACAGCGUUUUUUGUAAUGGAGUUUGUAUAAAUUUUUUGGAUGGGCUGUUCGUCCAUUAGGAGUUCUUGUAAUAUAAAACGCCGCAGAGCUCUACUUAUGGCUAGAAUUUUGUUCAUGCA